AUGGGAGAGGGAGGCUCAGAGUUGAAGCCGCUGCUCGGAAUCACAAAGGGCUGCCCGGUGGCGGCGGGCUUCGCGUGCAGGUCCGACUCCAACCCCCCACGUUGGUCUUUGUCCACUGUCGGGCUUCAAGAUCGAUCCUCAGUCUACACCCAGUGGCCCGAGCUGCAAGGUGAUGAUGAGGACCAUAAAGCUCCCCAGACUCAGGGAGCUGAGGGUGGCCACAGGAGAUGCCCAUCUGCUGUUCCUAAGAAGCAGGAGGUACUCUUCCAUCCUAGAUGGCAGGGGCACCAGCUGCGAAUUUUCUUUCAGCUGCCCAAAGCCCAAGUAACUCUCCUGGCCGGCAGGGACGAGGAGCCGCAGCAGGCGUGGAGCAUCCAGGGUCCCUCGGCUCAGUGCGCAUGCGCCGCAGCGGGCGGGAGUGGGGGCAGGGAGGGCGGGGUGCGCCAUCCGGUUCCGGCUGGUGCUGGCUGGAACCCGAAGGAGCAACGGAUGAUCCUGGCCGUUGGGGGCCUGCGGACCACGGCCUUGACCCCAGUGGGGAAGACACCUGGCUAGCGGCAUAGAGCUGAUGCAGGACAUCCUGGAGAAUCUGCAAACAUGAUGAAGAGGACAUCUCACAAAAAACAUCGGAGCAGUGUGGGCCCCAGCAAACCUGCUUCCCAGCCCCAGCGGGACAUAGUAGGCUGCAGGAUUCAGCACGAGUGGGAAGAGGGCAAUGGCUUCGUCACCCAGUGGAAAGGAACCAUUCUGGACCAGGUGUCUGUAAAUCCUUCUUUGUAUUUUAUAAAGUACGAUGGAUUGGACUGUGUUUAUGGACUAAAACUUUACGAAGAUGAAAGAGUUUCUGCGCUCAAAGUCCUGCCUGAUAGAGUUGCAACAUGUCGCAUCAGGGAUGCACACUUAGCAGACGCGAUAAUUGGCAAAGCGGUGGAGCAUGUGUUCGAGACAGAGGACGGUUCUGAAGACGAGUGGAAGGGAAUGGUCUUAGCACGCGCACCUGUCAUGAACACGUGGUUUUACAUUACCUAUGAGAAAGACCCUGUCUUGUACAUGUACCAGCUCUUAGAUGAUUACAGAGAAGGCGAUCUCCGCGUUAUCCCUGAUUGUGAUGAUUCACCAGCAGGAAGGGCAGCAGCAGAAGCUGUGGACGGCCUGGUAGGCAAACAACUGGAAUAUGUCAAAGAAGAUGGCUCGAAAAGGACUGGCACGGUCAUUCAUCAAGUAGAAGCCAGACCAUCUGUGUACUUCAUCAAGUUUGAUGACGAUUUCCAUAUUUAUGUCUAUAAUUUGGUGAAAACAUCCUAG